AAAUUAAUUAAAUCAGGAAAUUUAUUAAAGAAAGGUAAAAUCAACAAAAGUUGGCAAAAAAGAUGGUGUAUAUUAUCAAAAGAAAGCAAACUAUUUUAUCAUAAAUCACCAACUGAAAAACACUGCGGACUUGUAGAUUUAAACCAAUGUAUUAUUAAAAAAAGUGAAUGUACAGAAAAAGAAUAUAUAUUUGAAAUCAAUACAAGUAAUAGAAUUUUUUUAUUUUCGGCCGAAACUAAAUCCGAAAUGGAGGAUUGGAUGAGAAAAAUCUAUACUCAUUCUAAAAUUCAAAAAGAGAAUGACUUAUUAGAAAGAGCAGAAUAUAUAAUUAGAGAUCAGGCACUAUGGAAAUCAAACCUAGAAGACGAAUUUUUAAAACUAAAGCAUGCUUUCAAUCCAUAUAUUUUUAAUCAAUCUAAUAAUAGUAGUAAUAACAAUAAUAAUAAUAAUUCAAAUAACAUAACCACACCUAGAAAAAAUAGUACUAAUAAAGAUGAUGAUAUAGAUCUAUAUAAUUAUAUUCCACUGUCUUUACUCUCUUUUGGUUUCCAUAAUCAAACAGAUGCGUCCUCAUCCCCCUCACUGUCCCAUUAUAACUCUCUAAGCACAAAACAACUAUAUAAUCAUUUUAACUCAAUAAUUGACCAUGAAUAUAAACAUCCUCUAAUUUUAAUAAACAAUAAUAACAAUAACAAUGGUGGUGGCAAUGGAAUGGGCAAUAGUAUUAAUAUUACAAAUAUUUUAAAUAAUAAUUUAAACACUAUAAGAACGAGAUCACAUACUACACAUAAUAAUUCUACUAGCCCCAAAACAUCAAAUAAAGAAGAUUCUAAAAGCAAUAUAGUAAAUGGUGAUAAAGCUGCUACUUCAAGACGAUUCAGUUUUUUAGGUUUAAAAAAAUAA